CAAGAACUGAUAAAUAAAGGCAUCUCAUCAGCUAUGUUAUAUGCAUCCUCCGAACAACCAUAUAAUGUUCAAGAAACAAUCUUUUCUGAAAUUGCCUCAGGAUUUAUACGAAUUCUACUUGUUACACCAGAAAAAUAUAUUAAAAAUCUAGCAUUUGCUUGUAUGUUACAAAAUAUUGCACAUAGCCGUGGAUUACAAUUUGUUGUCGAUGAGACACACUAUAUAAAUAAUUAUGCUUAUUUUCAAUAA